AUGGCAGAUCUGUUUGAUGUAUUCAAUAAGAUAUGCAAUGCUUUGUUUCCUCAGCUUACAAUUGCAGCAUCAAAGGACUAUCAACAUGAAAGUAAUUUCUUCUUUCCACCUAUCAACACCACCACACCACAUUUAAUUUAUAAUGUUCCAAACAUAACCUUUGCAGCAGCUCGUGUUCAAGUUAAUAUUACAGCGGAAAUUCUAGGAGUAAAAACAUCUGCUGCACCAUACAACUUUUAUGUUAAACCAAAAGAUCCAUCGCCACCUGAUUUAGUAAAAACUGUUUUUACUAAUGACACAAACAAUGUUACGAUUGUCACACUGACCUCUUCUUCAGAUGAAAACGGACCAAUCAGCUAUUAUGAGGUUGUGAUAUCAACAACUCGCAAGAUUAACCUACCAAACCAGCUAGCAAAUAAAGCCGAAUCUGAAUUAAAGUAUCUAGAUUAUUUUCUUGCUGCUACCGUAAAAGCUGAUGAUUUGACAACAGACGGUAUUAAGUUUAUCUUUGUGGAAGGUAAAGAAGAUGUUUAUGGUUUAAAUGCAAGAAUAUCCACCACGGGAAAAUAUUAUUUGUAUUCUCGAGCUGUUAUAAAUGGAAAUGAUAUUACAAAGUAUGGUUUUAAUAACAUCAAUUAUUUUUCCAAUCUCUCUCAAGGAAUCCUGAUAGACAUGAAAGUGAUUCCCAAACAUGUGGAGCCAACAGUAUCAUCAAGUAUUGGAUUAAUAGCAGGUGUUGCAGCUGCUGGUGACGCUGUCAUCAUUGUAUUUGUCAUUGUAAUCCUUUUCAUGAGAAGACGACGUAAAACCUUGAAGAACUCUUGCAACAAGCGUGUUUCCUCAACUUCUAUAGAAAUGAAAGGUCACAAUGACUUAAAAUCACAUGAAACUGUUUAUAAAGACGACUAAGCAGGUCUACCAAACGAAUCUUACUAUAUUGUUGCAGCGAAGCCGGCAUUUCCACCUCUUUCUGUUCAAGAGUUUUUGUCAUUUUAUUUGGAACACAAGGAUAAAAUCAGCUCAGACAUUGU